AUCAGCAACAGAGGUUCCCAACGAAUUACUCCUUCAACGCGCAAACGAUGACGCCUCCGAGCCAAGCGAGUUCUAAUUACGUCGGCAGUUACCCGGUACCCUACAAUUCAGUGCCAGCAGUAACUCCGACACCUGGCGAUUAUACGUACCAAUCUCCGGUCCAAAUGGUUCCUACAUACUAUCCGCCGGGACAGCCGGCUAUGCAACCACCGCCUGUGAUGUACAGAGUACCUACGCCACCAAAUACGCCGACAUCUAGUCAGAUACCUGGUAUGCCGUUGAUGUACGUCAACUCAAGCAGCUACGCGGCCCCGGCAAUGGUGACCGGUGGAACUUUUGGGCAUCAGGUCACCCACAAUGGCACGUCCCCGGCGCCACCUAGCGCAUACAUGACACCCACGCUGGUUCCCAAUCUCGUUUUCAGACAAAACGUUCCUGUUGUUCCCAGCGUACGGGCGACAACGCCAGGUAACUCCCAAAGAGCCAGUCGGUCUCCAACUCCAGCGCAUGAGUUUUUUGGAGGUGGAAGCGGGGACCGAAGCGCACAACCUCAACCACGUUAUCCACUGCCAAUGUAUCAGGGUGUCCAUAUCGUGCAAGGGGACAUGAGAUUGAUGCAUCCAGGCGUACCACCCAACCCCCGGUUGCAGUAUGCACCAGUAUCAUCACCGCCUGUUGUUCAAGGUUGCCCACGUCCAUACAGGCCACCUUCGUCUAAUACCUCGGGAGCCGGUACACCGACUUCCUUUGAUGGGAGAAAUCAGAAAAUUCGCAAACAGAGGUCCAAAGUAACUUCGUUACCACCGAGCGGCGCACGACCCAAUUUUUACCAGACACCUCCCAUGUCAUCGCUUUCAUCUAACAUACCCAAGGAUAUUAGAGAAGGAACAGUAAAGGUGACCAUCACCCGUCGGAAUCAGGUACAAUUCUGAGCAAAUGGGUCAGCUGGAUAAUAUCGCUGAUAAUGUCACAAUCUCGAUAACAAACAACAGUUGUGAGAUUGACAACUAUUCAGAGAGACACGAUAUAUUCCUAACAUGCCAUAUUAAUUAUCACUCUGAAUUAUUUAAAAAGAAGCAAGAAAUAUGUAAUUAGAAGAACACAUGUGUGUACACGUACAUCCCAAGUGAAAAGAAGAAUCCGGUUAUGCGAAUUGGUUAUUUUUAUGACAAAAGUUGAAAUUUAACCCUUACUGGAGACUUUCAGUCAUACUGAAUUACCAUGACAAUGUUAAAGAUAGACGAAGAGAAGAAGGACAAAACGUGACGUACCCAGAUGUAAAAAACGAGAGCGAAAUGGUACACUGAAUAGAGUUACUGGACAACAUUUUAAUUACUAUUACAAUAUUAUUGUACGUGCGUAUGUAUAUACAUAUAUAUGUAUACACACACAUUGUAUGUGUAUUAUAAGUAUGUGUGUGUGUGUGUGUGUGUGUGUGUGUACACACACACACACACACACACAUAUAUAUACACACAUGAAAUACUUGAAGAUAUUUUAAUUGCGAUUUUACAGAUACUAUAUGAAUGUGAGAUUUACUUUUAAGGAGCAUUAUCGUUAAGGUCAAAUGCGAAUCUCCCGAGGUGGUCGUUACGAUGAUUUUCGACCGUCGGGAGAACAUGUAUGAUAAUUAAACUAACAUAUGAAAAAAAAGAGUACACCUUACUGAGUACGUUUACAAGACGCGCGAGUCUUUUGGCUUAGUGUUAAUGGCGAUCCAAAAAACGAUAACCUAUUAUCUUAACCGCUAAUUUUGAUACACUCGCUGCCAUUGCAUCGGUCAACGAAUGUUGCGUUAACGUCGCUGCCCAUUCGAGUCCAUUUUUUGAACGAGUUGUCUGCUACCUCAGCAUAAUGUGUAUGAAAAAAUUCUAAAAGUUGGCCGCGCGUUGACGAUGCCAGCCCUUACGCUUUCCUCUGACACGUAUUUAUUGUACGUGAAUAACGAGAACUUCUUAUACUCUUUGCAAAAACGUUUAUAUAAUUUCUACAAACGUACACACACUCUCUCUCGUCUUUGAAAUUUUUAUUGUGUUCUACGAAAUGUCAUAUAUUAACUUUGUAAAGAAAAAUAAAAUGAUAAUCAUUCGAAGAAAAAUUUAAAAUCUAACAUUUUACACUUUCGCGACAUUCUUUAAUGUUUAAUUAGAUAUAUCUUUAAUCGAUUACAAUUCACGAUUAUAUCGGUGUAUGUCAUUAACUAUAAGUAAAUAUGUAAACGUAUUCAGUACAUAAUCUUUAUGUCUAGUUUCAAGAAGUAGUUAAGUAGCGUGAAACCAUCACAGCCUAAAAAUUUAUCACCACGCUUUGUAUUUACAAGAAAAAUGAAAGACCGAAACUAUCGUGCUCUUAUUUACGAUAACAAAUGAUUUUCUGUGUUUGAUAUUGCGAUCCAAAGAUAGAGGGGCCUUUAUUUAGCACUCUCUUUCUAAUUCUGUAUCGCUUUUUCGACUGUUUUACGUAUUCUAUUCUUAUAUCUCUAUGCUGCAAUCACUGUCGGCGAUUUUGUUUGUCGUAAUCAUUCUUCAGUCUCGAAAAUUCGGAAUAAGUUAAGUUUCUUUUUAUCAUUAAUUCGUCUUCCAGUAUAUGCGAGCACGCUUCAUGAAUUUCAUGUAAACUUCUUUCUCUAUUAUUUUCUUGUGUAUGUAUGUGUGUAUGUUACAUGUAUGUUGAAUGUACAUAGAGUAUGUCUGUUGCGUAUGUGAUAUUUUAGAUGUAAUAUAAAAUACAUAUAUAUAUAUACAAUAUAUAUAUUUAUUUUAAAUAUAUAGGAUUGAGAACGUUACUUUCAUAAAAGUAAUAUGUUAUCGUUAUCGUUACUUACUAAAAAGUAAUGAUAUAUUACCUUUUCUUUGUUACUUUUUCACAAAAUUUUGAUUUUUUUUUUCAGAGUGGCAACCAAUUGUCUAUGUCACUAUUUAAUUAAUUUAAUGUAAAAUCCAUAGUGAACUUUUGGUUAACUGCAACAUAGUUCAUAUGCAUAUGUAGUUUAUAAGGUAACUAUAAAAAUAAUUAUAAAAUUCAUUACUGUUAUAUAUACAAUCACAUGCUACAGACAUUUGUGUGUAUAUACAUACAUACGUACAUAUAAACGUGCAACACACACACACAUACACACACGUUUGUGCACAUACAUGUAUACAUAUAUAUAAUGUAGAUAUAUAUCACACACAGAUGUAUUUUUCUCGUACACUCGUUUCAACGAAAUAGAGACAUGCGAUACAUAUGUACUACAUCGGUAGGGGUGAUGGUGACACGCGGUCGCGGUAAUUAAUAACGUCUCCGUCUGUGAAAAUUAGACGCGGUUCGGCGCGGGCAGAUCUCGCGGCUAGAUUAUUACUCACGUGAUAUAUCGUUACUUUUACUUUAAGAAAAUUCGAAUUAACCCGCAUUUUCGCAAAACAAUUAGAAUAGUUUCGACAAAAAAAAAGAGUAGCAAUCGAACUCGUUAAUCGUUAUCUCUUAGCGUAGUUCACGUGGGAUGCCCGCGUUGCUCCGCGAAAACAAAAAAAAACCAAGUGGAAUCCAUCCAGAAGCUUCGCUUACGGUGAUUGUACUUCAGAAACGUAGGUGAAGGUGUGCCUAUCUUUUUAUGAGAGUUCAAAUAAGCGAGAAACAACAUACGACAUAUAUCUAUCUGUUUAGCCGUUAACGCGAACAUGACACUAUUUUUCCUUCUUGUGAAAUUGUGUGUGUCAAGCGUUUUAAUCCCAUUACAGGCUAAGAAGAAGAAAAGAAAGACGAAGAAAAUGACAAGAAAUCCGUGCAAAUAUAUAAAGAGCGCAAAAUACGUAGGUACCAAAACGCACUUCAAUUGUAAAGAGAUGGGCGCACAACUAUAGUAUUUAACUGUACCUAAUGUCGUCGUAGUGAGUUAAAGAAAAUGAAGCAUAAUUGUAUCUAUUAAGCAGAAAAGCAGUUUACGUAUCUCUUUAAGAUAACGAUGGAAGGGGAGGGAGGAAGAGGGGAAGAUGCAACGGUGAAGGCAUUCAUCGGCCGUCGAACGCGAAAUCGCCAUCAAGUAUCGUCCGACAUUUUACGACAUCAUGUAUUUUAUAGACGUUCAAUUCAUGUGAUCUACUAAGUAUCUUUACGCGCGAGAGACCAGGGAAAGCAUGGAAGAUAAAGAAAUGUAUGAAAUGUAUAAUUAGGCAUAUAGUGCUUGUACAAUGUCGCGUAGAUAUUGUUACGUUUGCUGCUACCGCUUAUCUUCUUUUCGACAGAAUUUGGCAAAACCAAAAUUGAGCGAACGACUGUGUUUAUCUUUUUGUUUUGCUAUUUAAUACUGCAUGCAUUCGAUACACCUGUUCAGCAUUGCAUGAUCAUACGAUUAUCCAUUCAAAACUUCUCAAGAGAAGAUUCUAGUGUAAGAAAUUAUUUUCAAAGUUAAACUCUUCACGAUUUUUAAAAAAAUAUUUACUGAAUACAGAAAUGUAAGGUUUUGUAUAUACGUUUAAACUAAGAUUUGUCAGAAAUUUUUUGAUUAUUUUUUAUUUCUGCUAACAGUUUCUUUAGUCUUCAAAUAUUUGUGGAAUAGAAUAAUAAAAUUUUAAUCUUUUUUUUUUUUUAAUUAAAUUUAGAUGGCAGUUAUAUACGUAUGUUAUAUUUUAAAAAAUUUGUAAUUGAAAUUAUAAGUCGUUAAUGCAUAUUCUGCCUUACAAUGACGGACAUAAUUCGAAAAUUUUUAUCCACCGAAACAAACCAUUUAAAUUUUUAAUAUAUAGCCGGUAAUUAUUGUCGAAUUUUUAUUAUAAUAAAUAUUUUAAAAAAAUAUAUAUAUCCAGACCUUACAUUUUUACGUUCCAUAAGCUUUUUUAAAAAAAAAAA